AUGUUGAUAGUAUCGCUGUACACAAAUGUACCAGUGGACUACGCUCUGAUGUGCCUAGAGGAACGAUGGACCGAGCUAGAAAACCACACGAACAUAGACAAGGAAAGCUUUAUGAAGACGGUAAAGGUAAUACUCGAGUCAACCUUCUUCGUAUACCAAGGUACGGUAUAUGGACAGACGUACGGAGUUCCGAUGGGAUCGCCACUAUCCCCAGUAAUCGCCAACGUAGUGAUGGAGAAACUGGAACAGGAGUGCAUAAAGAACCUGGAGGCGAAACAAAUACGAAUGAGGGUGUAUAAACCGUAUGUAGAUGAUUGCAUGUGUGUCGCGAGAAGAGAACACAUACAAACGAUCGUAGACACGUUCAACAAUUUCCACGAUCGUCUACAGUUUACAGUAGAACAUGAAGUGGGCGGGAAAAUGAAAUUCUUGGACAUGAUGUUAGAACGCGCCGAUAACAAAAUUACUACGUCGUGGCUUCCCAAACAACCCGACGGUAGGUAUCUGGAUUUCAAAUCCAAAAGCCCAUUUCAACACAAGCAAAAUACGGCGAUCGCGCUCAUUGACCGCGCGAUCAAACUAUCCUGUGGAGAUAAACGUGCGGAAGCACUAAACCACGCGACACGAAUCUUGCGGAAAAACCACUACCCCACAUGGUUCGUAAAUCGCGUACGAAAGAAACGUGUACACAAACACUACAACUCUUUGGAAGAAACAGGUACGGCAAACCAGCCCCAAAAGUUUGUGUCAGCCCCCUACAUACCAAGUUUGAGUGAGAAACUUACCAAAACCCUACAGCGGAACAACAUAAUCCUAGCCUCCCGACCACGGAACAAAAUUAAACACAUGGUGUUUAGCAAAAUGAAGGACCCGAUACCACCAGGGAAGCAGACGAAGGUAGUGUACUCGAUACCAUGCGGAACCGACGAUGGAAAAGUGUACAUAGGACAGACGAAACGCAUGCUGGAGAUACGGAUGGCGGAACACCGCAACGACUGCAGGAACCGAAAUCCAAAAUCGGGCUUGGCGGUACACACCAUCGAAGAGGGCCACGUGUUCAACUUCGAGAAAACGACAGUACUGGAGCGCAUCGAACACCCGGAGGUAAGGAUGAUCGCGGAGGUAUUUCACAUAAAAAAGCAAGGCGAUCAGCAAACAGUGAACCUCCAACGAGAAUGCGGCAAUUUUAACUCCACGUACAACGGACUAUUGGCUCGGCUUCGUGAGGAACCACGAACACGAACGCAGACACGAACGGCGCAAAAUACGAACAGUACCGACAACGAAACGAACGAAGUGCAUGCUGAGUAG